AAUAGUCAUGAUCGAGGUGUAGACGAGUACUACUGUCAUUAAACGUUCACGGGGACACGUCCACGGUUGAAGGCAGCAAUGUGCACGGGUGAAAUUUACUUCGACGUUGGUGUUCCCAAUCAAUGGAAACCUCCGUGCAGAUCCGAUCAGGUGUGGUCAGGCCCCGGAGACAAAAAAGUGAGGGAAUUCUACGACAAACAUGUUGACAUUAAAAAAUCAACGUUUCAUCACAAUCAGGUAGAGGUUAGUCGCCUACUGAAGAGCCUGUACAAGGAGCUAAAAACACUCGAGAAAUCUCACCAGUUUCUGAGGUUCCGACCAUUUGUGAAGCAAGGGGGUUCAAGAGAGCGCCUUAAGGUAGGAGAGGCAAACGAAUUCGAUGCUGUACUCCCUUUUACAUUCCUAGGAACCACAGCCACCGUCAAAGAAUCCCCCAGCAACGGCCUGCCCUCCGGUCAUGGUGAAAUCGAGAUAAAUAAGGUCAAUAGUCGCAUGACCGUUCAGCCGAAAAAUCUCUUUUCAGAAAGAGAUGGUAAACGUUAUGUCAACUCAAGAGUCUUCCAUGACCAAUUCAUAAAGGGACGAAUUGAUGCCGCUCUUCAGAAGUUGAACGCAAGACCCGAGUUCGCAGGCUUUAACAUCAAACGCCAAGCUACCGCCCCAGCCAUUAAACUCGACGCUAAGGUGAAUGGUGAGCAAAUCAGUAUUGACGUCGUACCAGGAUAUGACAUUCGAGAAAAGGGAUCAACCUUGAGGAAAUUCAUGGUUUCCAGAUGGAUUCCAGGCUCCCAAAACGACAACCGAGUGGAGCCUAUCCCCGACCCAAACACGGCGUGGCGUAUAUCUCACUCUCAAUUCGAGAUGCGCAUACUGGAUAGAUGGAUUUCCACAAACCUUACGGCACAACGUCUCGUGAGAGGCGCCAGAAUACUCAAGGCCGUUCGAGAGCAUGACGUCGAAAGGAACUCCAGCUCACAGCUGCAUCAUGUCCUGUCGUCCUAUCAUAUCAAGAACGUUCUUCUCCAUUCCAUUUUGCAUUUGAGAAAGAUUGAUGACGUUGGUUUGCCAAACGUGACCUCAGCGUGCAAACAUCUUGUCCAUAUGAUCGACACCUCCUUGGAACACAGAAACCUUCCACAGUUUUUUUCCAACAACCCAAGCCUGGAAGAGUAUUUUCCUAUUUACAACUUCCACACGGAUUAUCCGAUGGUGAAUUUGUUUCAGGAGCGUUCUAAUGGCGAUCUACAACAGAUUCGAGCAGAUCUUGAAAAGGCGCUUGAUCACUUCAACCUGAAGCCUCUUCUGGACGAUGUUGUGGACAUUCAUGAGGAUAAGCUUGAGCCAUUCUUGAGUAAGGUGAAAGCCGGCGGACCAUCUAUUCAACCGUAAGAUUAAGGUCAAAAGACACAGCUAAUACAAUAAUCCAACACUCAGAUAAAGUUAUUUUGUAAUCAACGGUGGACGUCUUCUGUAACUUGCAAUAUUGUUAUAUUAAUCAUAUCAAAGAAUCGACGUGGAUAUAUUAUACGCGCAAUUGUGUGUUCGUUUCCUCCCCCUAGUGUAAUCAUAUGUGUGUCUUAUGCGCUCAUCUUUGAUUACAGGGUAAUGUGAGACUCACUAUGUGUGUCCAUCACACUACAGAGAAUGAGUGGCAUCUUCAUAGCAAUACCAAUAGAUAACAUUAUAGUAUGUCUUCAUUAGUAGACGAAUCAAUUUCCAAUAAAAAUGAUGAAAGAUUCUGUAGCUUUUACACAUAUUUCUGUAAAUUUUUAAAGUAACAUAUAUUUCUUUAGUGAUUGCCUGUUUGUAUUAACGCUUUAUUAACAUAUAUAAACAUAUAUUCAUGUCUUCUUAUUGAUAUUGAAUAAAAUGUAAAAUUAC